UUCAAACAAAAGAGAUCCACUUUAUGCUCUGUUUUAUUUCCUUCAUGUAAUAAUUUGAUAAUUUUCUCCACAAAUUUUUCUGAAAAAUAAAGUCGUUUCUUUCUUUUUUUUGUUUACUCGGUCACUCGAGACACCACCAACAACACACAGUCAAUCAAAAAAAGCCAUUAAUUCUCUUAUUCAUCACUCUCCCUCCUCUCUCUCUCUUCAACUAAGAACAAAACAGAAGAGGAGCUAUGUCUUCGUCGUCGACGAUGAACAGAGGAGGAAUCGAUAUGUUUUCACCGGCGAACACAAGCUGGAUUUUUCAAGAAGCCACGUGGACAGUAGAAGAGAACAAGCGUUUCGAGAAAGCUCUUGCCUUUCUUGACGACAAAGACAAUCCAGAGAGCUGGUUCAAGAUCGCCGCUUUGAUCCCAGGCAAAACCGUAGCUGACGUCAUCCAGCGGUACAAGGAACUAGAGGACGACGUCAGCGACAUCGAAGCCGGACUCAUCCCCAUUCCUGGCUACCGCGGUGACGCUUCCUCCGGUGCCAACUGUGACUAUUUCUUUGGUCUCGAAAACUCCGGCGGUUACGGUUACGGUUACGGUUACGACUACGCCGUAGGAGGAAAGAGGAGUUUUAGGCCUCCGUUACCAGAAAAGGAGCGGAAGAAAGGAGUCCCCUGGACUGAGGACGAACACCGACGAUUUCUAAUGGGUCUGAAGAAAUAUGGAAAAGGAGAUUGGAGAAACAUAGCUAAGAACUUUGUGACAACUAGAACGCCUACACAAGUGGCUUCGCAUGCUCAAAAAUAUUUCCUUCGACAACUCACAGACUGUAAAGACAAAAGAAGGUCAAGCAUCCACGAUAUCACCACUGUUAACAUCCCUGACGCAGAUGCAGCAACCACCGCUGCCACAGGAGUGCUCUCUCCUACCCCGACCACUUCUUCUUUUGACGUUUUCCACCAGCCAAAUCCUCACCAUAGUUUCGCGUUUGCGUCUGCCUCUAGCUACUAUAAUGCGUUUCCUCAGUGGAGUUAAAUCAGCUUAGAAAUGUUAUUCUAGAGAGAGUACAUUCGUCUCAUCUAAACUUUUAUAUAUAUUGUCUACGUACAUAUUACCUAUAAAAACAAAAUGCAGGGAUUGUUGUAAAUAGUUGUAAGAAAAUGUUUGUGUGGUUGUGCUGCGAGUUCCAUAUUAUUAGGUUUGGUUGGUUGUAAUUUUCGGUUUCACGAGUUUAUAAUACCAA